AUAUUUUUGCAGCACCAGCUGUUAGUCAACACUCGUCUUAAUAUUGCUUUUACUUAAUUUUCUCAAGUUUGUUAAAUAAAAACCUAAUCAAAUUAAGCAUGGCUCACCUGCGUGAGACCUCAGACAAGGCACUGAAGCUAUUGCGCACCUUGCCACGCGUGCAAAUCGGUAAUCUGCGGCCCAACCCCAAUUCCAAACAGAAUGAUAAACGUGGACGCGCCCAGCACGGUGGUGAUAAGCACGGCGCUGGCAACAAGGGUUCAGGACAGCGACAGAACUUUAUGCGAUUGGGUUAUGAGACAGGCAAUCAGCCAUUUUACCUACGUUUUCCAUAUGAACCGUAUUACAAGGGCCAUCAUAUGAGACGGCAAUAUCCGAAAAUUUCUCUUCUGCAAUUGCAAGUCCUUAUUGACACAAAUCGAAUAGAUAUAGGCCAGCCUAUUGAUCUAAGCACAUUGUGUAAUUCGGGCCUCCUUAGGCUCAAGCCAGCUGAAAUGGAAUAUGGCUUCCAGUUGACCGACGAAGGAUUGGACAAUUUUAAGGCCAAGAUAAAUAUAGAGGUGCAGCAUGCCAACGAGUCUGUUGUUGCGGCGAUAGAGCGUAAUGGUGGAGUUAUACGUACAGCUUACUACGAUCCACGCAGUCUUCAUAUUCUGGCUAAUCCCCAAAAGUGGUUCGAAAAGGGUGUACCUAUACCUCAGCGAAUGCUGCCGCCCCAAGAUGCUGUCGCUUAUUACGCUGAUGCUAAAAAUCGUGGCUACUUGGCCAAUCCGGAAGAGAUCAGCAAAGAACGCUUGGUCUUAGCCCAAAAGUAUGGCUACGAAUUACCAAAAAUUGAAGACGAUCCCAAUUAUCAGAUGUUGACCGAAGCCAAAGAUCCGAGACAAGUAUUUUUGGGUCUGGAACCUGGCUGGCUUAUCAAUCUGGUAGACAAAACCAUUAUUAAGUGCAAAAACUGAUUGUUAAUUAUGUUAAUUUAAUUAUGAUUAAAUACAUUGUUUGCCUUAUUCCUUAAAUGAA